AUGCUCGAUUUCGACUACUGCUGCGAUGCGCGGGCGGUCGCCCUUGCUGCAAGGGUUAGGCGGAGGUGGAAGGCUCUUCUGUCCGGGCGCCCAGCGAGCGACGCAGGCCAGGGGGCGCACGCCCCGGAAGAGAUAGUUGGCUGUCACGCUGGCGGUGACUCUCCAGCCAACCUUUUGAGGCAGUUUCAAGCGACCAGCUCCUUUGAGAUCUUCCAGAACCCGCUGGGUGCCGAAGGUGAGUCGCUGAAGAGCAGGAGACUGCUCUGGCGCAUCGGGCGUCUGGAUGAGUUUUAUCCGUAG